AUGUCGUUUCCCCGCCGUCUGCUGGCAUCGACACAGUAUUCCCGCAGAUAUCCGGAUGAGUUCUUGAACAAAUUCAACUCUAGGUGUGUUGGUUUCAGGGCCUUACAUUCUCUGGUCAAUCUGAAUUCUUCCUCCUCUCCCACAAUCAAGGACUUGGUUUGGCAAGGGUUCCAUGUACAAGCAUUGCAGUUGUAUGCUCGCCAUACUCCUGCUGUCAUUUCCAAGUACACCUUUCCUUCUCUUCUCAAAGCCUGUGCUUCCCUUGCAAACCUUAAGUACGGAAGAACGAUUCAAGCGACGAUCACUGCCAUGGGUUUGUGCCGUGAUCCAUUCAUUACUACUUCACUAAUAAACAUGUAUGUGAAAUGCGGGUCACUGCUGGAUGCAGUUAAGGUGUUCGAUAAAUUGCCGGAUGCCUACUCAUUGUGCAUUGUAGUUGGGUAUUUGGGAUAUGAAGAAGGGAGGCAGAUUCAUGGCUAUGUUGUUAGAAACUUGCUUGGUAGUGAUACUUUCUUAGAGAGUUCGCUAUUAGACAUGUAUUUUAGGUGUGCUAGGCCGAUGACUUCCUGUCGUAUGUUCCAAGGGCUAGAGAACAGGAGGAGAAAUGUUGUGUCAUGGAAUGUGAUGAUGGGAGGGCUUGCUGAGAAUGGUUUGUGGGAAAGUAGCUUGGAGUUGUAUUUGCUGGGCAAGAGUGAAGAAAUGGAACUCGUUUCGGCAUCCUUCACCAACAUCUUGGGUGCUUGUGGUCAGGGCGAGUGUGUAAGUUUUGGUGAACAGGUUCAUUCUGAUGUCGUUAAGAUGGGUUUUGCGAGUAACCAUUAUGUUUGUACCUCUCUUUUGACCAUGUAUGCCAAGUGCAAAUUUAUAGAAGGUGCAGAAAGAGUGUUUGAGCAAGUUAGUGACAAGGGAAUUGAACUUUGGAACGCAAUGAUCUCAGCUUAUGCCGGCAGCGGUUCUAUUUAUGGUGCUUUAGACACCUACAAGCAAUUGAAGAUUCACUAUAUCAUCCCCGAUUCUUUCACAAUGGCACAUGUUCUAUCUUGUUGCAACAUAGUUGAAGUGCUCGACUUGGGUAGGUUGGUCCAUGCAGAUUUAGUCAAAAGACCUAUAGAAAGAAAUAUUACCGUAGAAAGUGCAUUGCUUACGUUGUAUACUAAGGGUGGGCUGGACCAUGAAGCUAACUUGGUUUUUAGUAGUAUGACGGGUAGAGAUGUGAUUGCAUGGGGCUCCAUGAUCUCUGGUUUUAGCCAAAAUGAAAAAUUUGUUGAGGCUUUGAAUUGUUUCAGAGAUAUGAAGAAAGAUGGACUGAAACCGGAUUCUGAUAUCAUGGCAAGUGCAAUCAGUUCUUGCACAGGAUUGGAGAAUGUAAAUUUGGGCUCUUUGAUGCAUGGAUUUGUUACUAAGAGUGGGUUAGAAAAAGAUGUUUUUGUUGCAAGUGCCCUUUUGGAUAUGUACUCUAAAUGUGGCUUCCCUGACAUGGCUGCGAAUGUGUUUUCUCACAUGCCAUUCAAAAACAUUGUUUCUUGGAAUUCGAUGAUGUCAUGUUAUAGCAGAAACGACCUGCCUGAGAGGUCCAUGGAAACGUUUUAUCAGUUUCUAGAGUAUGGAUUGGAUCCUGACGCCCUAUCUAUCACUAAUGCUCUUGUUGCUGUUUCAUUACUUGCAGUUCUGGUCAAAGGGAAGACUCUGCAUGGUUACCUCAUUAGGCAAGGAAUUCUAACUGAUAUUCAUUUAGAGAACGCACUAGUUGACAUGUACAUCAAGUCUGGAUCUCUGAAAUACGCGCAGAAUGUUUUCCAGAAAAUGUGUUGGAAAAACUUGGUUUUGUAUAAUUCAAUGAUGGAUGGUUAUGGAUCGCAUGGUGAGUGCUGGAAAGCAAUGGCAUUAUUGGAUGAAAUGAGGAAUACUUCGAUCCAGCCUGAUCAUAUCACCUUCAUUUCUCUACUUUCCUCUUGCAAUCAUUCAGGCUUGAUUAAGGAAGGCCUCGAUCUUCUGCAUUUGAUGAAAAUUGAGUAUGGGGUUGAACCUAGAGAAGAGCAUUAUGUAACUGUUGUUGAUAUGUUAGGUCGUGCAGGACAGCUAGAUGAUGCUUAUGCCCUAGUUAGGAGCAUGCCUAUUGAACCUAGCAAGAGCAUUUGGUUAUCGCUAUUAAGUUCCUGUCGAGCUCAUCAUAACGUGGAUCUUGGAGAAGUUGCAGCUACUGAGCUAUCAAAGAUUGAGCCAAGUAGAGGCAGCAAUUAUGCUCAGCUUCUGAAUAUUUAUGGAGAAGCUGAAUUGUGGGACAGUGCUGCAAAGUUAAGGGCAUUGAUGAAAGAAGAAGGGCUGAAAAAGAAGGGUGGAUGCAGCUGGAUUGAAGUCAGGAACAAAGUCGGUGUUUUCUACUCUGGAGAUUCCUCAUGUCCACUGACACCUCAGAUUUAUGGGGCACUUGGUAGCCUAAGGAGAAACAUGUUGAAAAAAGAAAGUUGCUUUGAUAUUGUUAAAGCCCUGUUAAGCUACUGA